AGGGUUGGUGCCACAACAGCCUAGUCGUCCGAAGCGGACAUUUGACUCCCACGGCUUUCUCUCGACACCGCUGGCUAUCUCCCCGACUUCGUCUCGUCAUAGUGAUACUUCAGCCGCGUUGCUUGCUACCAGUAUUUGGAUCACUCUUGCCAUCUCCUUGACCUCUUCAACUCGAGCAGCGUCUACACAUUCAACCCGCUUAAAUCUGCGGCCAUGCAUGCUAUCUAUGCCUGUGACUAUCGUCUUGGCACCCCUCCUCGACGAUGCACAGCGAGAACCGUUCAGGAUUAAUGGCUUUCUGUGACUGUCCGCUAGGUCGUGUACACAGUUCAGGUCCGUUGUCCCGAUGCUAGCUCCCAGCUAGAUCUUUUUGAAGCCCUGAACACCUGGCAUCUUACAAGGAGUGCUCAUGAGAUGGCUGGCAGAGGGUUGUACCGGGUGAAGAACAUGUUGAGCUGCAUUCGUAGUUUAAGCUCUUCGCAGUGACUAGACCCUAUUGCAACUAUAUACCCCGACACGCAAGCCCCAUGCAGCCAGCUCAAUAUUGUGACGAAGCCAUCUGUCGUGCGAGGUCUAACUUACCCGAGUGGGUCUGGAGUGCAGAGACCUAAAAACGGAUGUUUUCCAGCUCUCGAAGAUAGAUCCGUCAUCGGAGAAGACCCUCGGAAGCGGAUUGGCUACGAACCCGGCCCUAGAGUGCGUCGUGCACUAUCCUUCCAGUCACCUCAUCUUCGUUCGUCGCACGCUCAAGACCGCGCGUGGGCUUCUAUUCGUACCUACCAAAACACAAAAUCAGCGUCAUUCAAGACGACGGACAGGCAAAAUAUCCUUAUUAUCCGGAAAACCUUCCCGGCAUAUAAUGGUCACCCACCUUAAGCAGAAGCCAAGCGCAGACGACCCCGACUCACUCCAAAUCGCCGAACAUGAGACCUUUCUCGCCCAGAUAACACUUGUGAUCCCUCUGUUGGCACCUGUUGUUCGUCUCCUCAGGCUUCUGUGGCUGGACACUGUCAUGAGCAUCACCGGUGCACGCCUUUCCUGGAUUACGUUCGUAUCCUGCAGGGUAUUAGAAGGUCAAGAACGGAAAAAAAGCGAUAAGAACAUUGAGCUCACGAGAUUUGGAGUGAACGUGCAUCCGGUCAAGAAAUUCCCUAGUGUAAUACAUCUGGCCACCCGCGCGAAGGAUCCGGAGAAACAGGAGUCGGCGAUCCCCAGGUGCCCCGCCUAUGAGUCCGAAUGCAGUUCCCAAGUGGUAUCACUGGCUGUCGCUUCAUAUGAAGUCAACAUAGACAACAUCACCUACAACGUCGACACUUACGAACCCUUUGUUGUUUGCGUGCAGUGGUUCGUGCUGCGGUGCUCGCCUGUGCAUCCUUGUCCCGUUCGCCAUGUGCGUCAGGCUAUACGACUGAAGCCAGACCAUGAAGACGCGAAUCAUUCCGUCACUGCGCAGGAUGACUGGUUCCACCCUGAGAACAUCAUGGCUUGUAUCUUUUCCGCUUAAGCAUAUUGCCAGUCUCUUGACGGUGGGAACCCCCGCAUUCAACUCGUUGGUCGGGCUAUGUAAGUCAUC